AUGAGCUCCUCAAACUCGUCCUUAGACCCUGCAGCGGACGCAGUGACCAUAUGUGCGUACCCUUCUGUCUUGACCAUGGUGACCACUUGGCUUGUGUUGUACAUACUGCUUCUGCCGCUGUUUCUCUACGUUAUCUACCUCUGCUCCCUUCUGAAGAAUCCCAGUCACUCAGACUUUUUCACCCUCCACAUCAUCGCCAUGGAGAUCAUCACCAUGCUGGGUACAGUUGUCUAUUUGAUCGGUGGAAAGCGUUCUGAGAUAGUCGUGCAAUUGAUCGGAUCAAACUUUUACAGUAUUGGCUUAAUUGGGCAAAUGUUCAUUCACACUCUCACCUGCGCGGAGCGCUACCUGGCCGUGGCUCACCCAAUCAUGUACCUGCGUCUGAAGGAGAGGGGCGGGGUUAUAAUCAGAAACACAAGCAUCGUAGCGGUUUGGCUGCUUAGUGUCGCCAUCAUAUCUGUUACACACAUUGCAUCUGAUGCGGACACAAGUAAAGACUACAUCAUCAUGAACAUUUUCAUUUCUGCCUGUUCCACCGUCUCUGUCGUCGCCUUCUGCUGCAUCUCGGUUCUGAACAUUCUGAUUCGUCCCGGACCGGGGAAAGAUGGUAGGGACUUGCGGCGUAUCGACCAAUCGAAACACAGGGCCUUCUCAACCAUUAUGGCCAUAGCGGCGGCCCUAGUUCCUCCUUCGACAGACCUCGGUGAGAACUGGUCUGCGGGGGGGGGGGGGGGGUGUGGAGAGGUGUUGGCGCUCUUGGGAGAGGCGGCCUGGACACCUCUGCAGUAA